AUGACAAACAAUUCAUUGAUAAGUAAGUUCCUCCUUGCUGGUUUUUCUGGCUGCCAACACUGCCAGAUUCCCAUUUUUUGUGUAUUCCUCCUAAUUUAUAUAUUCAUGGUCUUAGAAAACAUGACCAUUGUAUUAUUGGUUAUACAAGACUGCAAACUAUGGAAGCCUAUGUAUAUAUUCAUAGGGAAUCUUUCCAUUUUGGAAAUUGGGUAUGUCAAUGUUACGCUUCCCAAUAUGUUGUUCAACAUCAUCACAGGAAAUCAGGAAAUAUCAUUUAAAGGAUGUUUGGCUCAGUUGUUCAUUUUUGCCUUUCUGUGUGCCACUGAGUGCUAUCUUCUGGCCACCAUGGCCUAUGACCACUACAUAGCAAUCUGUACGCCUCUACAAUACACUGUUAUGAUGCAAGAAAGGAAUAUUUGGUGCCUACUUAUAUGUUCUUGGUCAGCUGGGCUCUGCACACCAGUUUUUCCCAUCUAUUUUAUUAAUCAGCAACAUUUUUGUGGUUAUGUUACAGUAGAUCAUUAUUUUUGUGAUGUUUCUCCACUACUAAAGUUGGCUUGUGGUGAUAUUAAAACUGAAGAACUUGUUGACGUCCUUAUAGCGGCAUUUGUUCUUCUUAGCUCAUUGCUGGUUAUUUCUGUUUCCUAUUUCUGCAUUACGUGGACUAUCCUGAAGAUGCCUACUUCUAGUGGACGUCAGAAAGCAUUCUCCACAUGUACAUCCCAUCUGACUGUAGUGUGUGUCUUUUAUGGAAGUCUGAGCUUUACAUACAUGCGGGUCACACCAGCAUCUAUCACUGCAUUAGACAAGGUUGUGUCUGUUUUAUAUCUUAUUAUCACUCCUCUGUUUAAUCCAAUCAUUUAUACACUAAGAAAUCAUGAUGUAAAGCUUUCACUGCAAAAUGUGCUUGCAAAACAAGGCUGUUUACAGCAAAAACCAUCUCACUAA